AUGGCGUUUAAUGCCCAACCGCCCCUCCCACUUCUUGAAAGCCUACAACGACCUUCACCUUCGACAUGCCGGACAGAGCGAGUCGACUUCAAGGCGCUGGGCUUCUCUGAGCACGAAGAUGCUUUUGCACUCGUCAUUCACGACCUACUAACACCCGAGGAAUGCGACGAGAUCCGUAACGCCGCCGAAGUCGUCGCACAAGGACGGUGGGAUGCGGCACUCAUUAACGCUGGUGGACAAAUGGUCAUGGCCAGCGAUGUGCGUCAUUGCGAUCGCAUCAUGUGGGACAAUCCCCAGCUCGCCGAGGCCUUGCUCGCACGAAUCCAGCCGCAUAUUCCGUCCAAUAUUGCGACGCUGGAAAACUCGCCUCACAUUACUAGCGACGAUCCAGUGUGGAGUUCUGGCACAUGGCGCAUGUCUCGACUGAACGACCGGCUGCGGUUCCUGCGAUACCAGCCUGGCAUGUAUUUCCGUCAGCACAGUGACGGGUUUUACGUGACGCCAGACGAGUCCGAAGUCUCGUUUUUGACCGUACAUUUGUAUCUUCGAGGGAGUCCGGACCUCAGGGGUGGCGCAACGCGAUUCUUUGGCGAAGACCAGCCGGGCCAUGUUAACGAGUAUGACGUCGAUCCGUCCCCCGGCGCUUGCCUGAUUUUCCAACAUCAUGAUCUUGUGCAUAGCGGCGAAGAUGUGCUCAAGGGAACCAAAUACACCAUGAGGACUGAUAUCAUGUACCGCCGGGUUGGCGAAAAGUCUGGGGAGGCACAUACGAUCCAUCAAUAG